AUGGCCGCCAAUCCCCCGCAUGCCAGUGGUCCUGCUCUCCCAUCCUCGGCCUCGGCCUCUGCCUCUGCUGCAAAUGGGACAAUCAUAGGCUACGACUACUCUACCAAUACUUACUACCACCAGCCCGUACCUGCUGCUACCCACGGCCCUUCUCUGGAUCGCCCUUCGUCAUCGACCCAAAACCACGCCGAUCCCUAUCCCACGACGUCGUACAGCCACCAUCCGCAACUUCCCGGCCACCAGGACAACGACCAGACCCUCUCCAACACCCUCGCCAACUCGCAUCACCACGCCAAUAUCGACCAUCUCAUCGCGCCCGCACCCACGAGAUUCGGCGGCGCCGCCAAGUUCACUGAAGAAUGGGAUGCUAGCCAGCGUGGAAGCUCCAUCAUCAACGGUCCCGUCCCCCGUCGCACCGACAACAUGGCGGGCAGCAUACAUCGCUCCAACUCCUUCUCCGGCUCCACCACCGGCAGUGCCCUGGGCGGCCUGGAUGGCCACAGCAGCGUCCAGCUGUCGCGGAACAACACCCUCAAGAAGAGGUCUUCGCUGCGCAGGGCUAGCAGCAUGAGGCGCUCUGGCAGUCGCCGGAGCAUGAAGGCCGGCAGUGUCAGGAGCCUAGCCCUGCAGAGCAACCCGGACGAGGACGAGCUGCAUAGCGCCUUUCACUGCCCCGUGCCCACCACCGGCAAUCCCACUGAAGCACUGGCGAACCGCUUCCAGGAAUGGCGCAAGGUCCUCAAAGACCUGAUCACCUACUUCAAGGAGAUCCAGACCCAUUACGAGACAAAGUCCAAAUCGCUGGUGAAGCUCGCGAACGUCCUGAACAACGUUCACAUGCCGCCAGGCUUCCUGUCUUCUGGUGGACUCGACGAUGCGGUGCAGGUUCUGCGCAACUACAACUCACAAGCCAUCAUCGAAGCCAACAAAGCUCGCGAAAUCGAGGAGGACGUCAUCUUGGCUCUGACAGGCCUGAGGAGCGAUUUGCAACUCAAAAUCAAGGAAAUCAAAGGUCUGUCGGGUGACUUCAAGAACUCCGUGGAAAAGGAAAUGGACACAACGGCCCGCGUCGUCAGCACCCUCCAAGAAGUUCUCGGCAAAAGCGACCUUGACUCCUCCUUGACGACUGGCAAGGAGGAUCCAUACCUGCUCCGCCUGGCUGUGGAUAGACAGCUCGAGAGGCAGCUGGACGAGGAGAAUUACUUGCACCAGGCAUACUUGAAUCUGGAGAAUUCUGGCCGCGAGCUCGAGUCUAUUGUCGUUGGAGAAAUUCAGAAAUCUUACAAUGCUUACGCGGGCAUCAUGAAGCGAGAAUCCGAGGCUGCCUGGACCGCUAUCGAGGAACUUCGCGUUGGACCCAUCGCGAUGCCCAAGGACCACGAAUGGGCCAGCUUUGUGAAAAGGGACGACCAAUUCGUGGACCCAAACAUUCCUAUUCGGUCCUCCCAGCACAUUCACUAUCCUGGGAAAGACCACUAUGCUUGUCAGGAGAUCAGAGCCGGUCUGUUAGAAAGAAAGACCAAGUAUGUGCUCUCUCCAACUCAUCUUCAUGAGUUCAAAUCUGCGGACAAGACUCAGUCUCCUGUCAUGUCCCUCUAUCUGCCGGAACAAAAAUUGGGAUCUCGCUCGCAGGUCGGUGGAAGCUCGCCGAAGUUCAUUCUCAAAGGCCGACAGACCGGCGGCGUUCAUAGAGGACACUCGUGGGUCUUCCGCGCCGAAAGCUUCGACACCAUGAUGGCUUGGUAUGAAGACAUCAAAGCCCUCACCGAGAAGACACCCCAGGAACGGUCCGAAUUCGUCCGUGGCCACUCAAGAAGCUUCAGCCGAUCGUCAUCGCGACGAUCAGUGUCUAGUGAUGGGGUUGUUGACGAGGAUGACGACGAGCCGUAUUCGGCGCACAACUCCGCAGCGGCCCUUGGUCAACCCGGCUCAGGAUAUCAGCAAGACGUACCGAGACGUCCAUCUCCAGGUGGGCGCUUUCCGUCAGAUCUCCAGGUCACCGCACAACGAGGCUUACAGGCUCCUCUGUCGCCCUCUAGCUCAAGCUCGCAGGGCUUCAACGACAGACAACAACAUCAACCUAGGAAUGACAGCGAUAUCGUAGCUGCGGCAGGGGCCCUUCCCGGAAGCAGCUUUGAACAGCACUACCCAUCCACGACAGCGCCGCCGAACGACCCGGGAUACGGAUAUGGUAGUACCGUUCAAGCUCCGAUCGAGCAAUCCCACGCGCGUGCUGCCGAGGCAAGCCAGGAGGCACAAGAGGAUGGCAUCAACCCCUACACGAGCGAGUCGGUUCACACACAGGAUAGAUCCGGCCUCUAUGACCAACACCCAGCCACAAUCAUCGCCAGACAGGCACAGAACGAGGAUAACAGGACCGAGACUUUGAGGAUGCGAAGGAAGAGCAGUCACGAAGCCGAGUGGCUGGGAGGAGGGCCGGUCGAGGCUGCUGCAAUCCCAGUAGUUGCUAGCAGGAACGAGCCUCAAGAGCUCAACGACCGGAGUGGUGGUGUCAUCAACACAGGUGUUUAUAUGGAUGGCACGUUGAACAAUGACAAGGCCGUUUUGGCCCAAGACCAUCAUUACUUGAACUUGAAACAGCUCCCACACACGACAGUUGCACCGAUGCCGGCGGAGCACACGAACAACACGGCAGGAUACCUGAGCAGGCCGGCCCCGAGCGAGAGGACUGAGAGUGACGCCACGCUGAGCAGCCAGAUCACCGUGCCGACUAUCUCAAACCUUCACAUCCCCGGCGAGUACCCCAAAGCAUCGGCAAACUAG